GUAAUGGACUUAUUUGACAAACAACAACAAAAAAAUUUUUUUUUAAACAAGCGAUUACUAAAAAACACACGGCCCAAGACGCGUUUUUUUUUUUUUAAGGGUGCCUUUUUUUAGUGCCAAAAAAAAAUAAAAUAUUUAUUUUUACACUUGAUUCCCUUUUUUAUUAAAAUAAAACACAGAAAUAUAUUAUGCUUGGAGUUGAGCCAAAUCAGUUAAUUAAUAUCACUGAGGAAAAUUUACAUUGCCACCAUUUAUUGUUUAAUCAAGAUGUCACCACGGCGACCUACGAUCCACAAAAAGACUGUUUUAGUACCAAAACAACACAAUUAUCGUUUCGAAGAGCAAAGUUGAAUGGAAUCAUUGUUGUACAAAAAACGGUAUUGUCAAACUAUUGCAUUUGGUUAGACGAUGGCACAAGUGUAAUCAGGGUCAUAUUACCAAAAUCAGUCCUCAAAAGAGAAGACGCCGACUUAUUGGUUGUUCCAAACAACGUCACUGUAUUUGGUAAAGUAGAGCUGGUGGACAAGGAACAUGUGCUUACCUCUGAUGGCUUCCGAAUUGAAACGAAUGAAAUUAUUGAAAUAUACCACUGGCUUCGAGUCUUACAAGAAAGACCAAAGACAACACUAGCAAAAGGGGAUAAAAACAUGUUUUGUACCUUGUCUUCACUACCUUCACCCACACGACUCUUAAAGGAUAAUUUUCUUGGGUCACCCAUUCGAGGUUCGCAGAAUACAGGUUACUUGUGGUCACCGGAUCAUUCAUUUGCUACAUCCACACCUAUUCGCGCAGUACAAGAAUCACAAGCAGCAUCUCCUUUACGACAACGUUCCAUUAAACUCGUACCCGUACAAGAAGAUGACGAUGAUGAGUUUGAUGAUUUUGGCUCAAUUGACCUGAUCGCCCUGGAAAAUAAUGCUCUCAUGAUGGCUUCUAAUAAUAAACGAAAAUUUGACUUUGCUAAUAUGGAUUAAUAAAAUACCUCGUUGUCACACCUAACAACCAUAAAAUUAUUCAUGUCUCUGGCGGAGAGAGAAUAAAAUUUAGGGGGACUUUUAUCACCCAAGCCCAAAAGCUUACUGAUGUAUUACGACAAUUUAAAAGUAAUAAUGGAUUACAAAACGCGCGCUUUCUUUUUCUGUUCAUAGGAUUUUCUGCAAAGCACGGAUGACUGGUGCAUCACACAUGUAACUAUUUUAAAUGUUAAAGAAAUAUCAUCUCUUUUUUUAACUAAAAAAAAAAAAAAAAAUGCUUCAGCGCCCCCAUCACAAGGUCAAAUCAUAUGCAAAUCGCACACAUAGCAUUUGGACCAAUAGCUAAACCCUUUUAUACUUGAUAUGCAUAUCUUAAAUUGUCAUCGACUUGACGUAAUCUCGUACAAUCAAUAAAAU